GCAUUCGAGCAGCAUCCUCCUACACUCCUCGCUCACUGGCAAACACCGAGACGCUCUUUUCGCACAAUCCUCGACGAACAUCGAUCGCCUCUUACGUCGCGCCCUUUCGAGCCUCUUUACUGAACCGCCCUCUAGCGGCUGGUGAUAAUUGUCUACAAUGUUACGACACGGGAGCAUACUGGGGCUCUUCUUGAAGCCCCUCAGUUGGGUCCCCAAUGGUCCUCAACAUGCCGCCUACGCUGCUGCCCUUGGCUUGGUCGCGAUCCAAGUUGGCAUCGGUAUCAUCAUGAAGAUUUCCCAGACGGGCGGAUCCUACUCGUUUUCUCCCUCGGCGUCUGUCACCAUCUCCGAGUUCCUCAAGAUGCUCUUGUCGACCAUCUUCUUCUACAACGAAUGCAAGCGCAGGGUAGCCGAUGGCAUUCGCCCAUCAACCAGAGGCGGUGGCAGUGGCUAUGCCUCCAUCGCCACAGAACUCCCUUUGGCCGAGAGAAGCAGUUUGGAUGAGAAGCGGGAAGAGGAAGGAUUGAACGGCAGUGCCAGCUCGUCCAGCACUGGCAACAUUGUUGAGAGAAACAACGGCCCGCUUCCGCCGCUUGAUGUGAGAACAUACUGGAGCUACGUCCGUGGCGAGGUCACCAGAGAUGUGCGAUAUGGCUUCUGCAACUUGGCGCUAUUCUACGUGCUCAUUAACAACUCGAUCUUCGUCAGCUACAAAAUGGCCGAUCCCGGUACGAUUCAACUGACCAAGAGCGGUGUCACCUUCAUUACCGCCUUGGUCAUGAUUGCGACUCUGAACACCAAGAUUUCCAAGAUCCAGUGGAUUGCCAUCCUUAUGCAGAUUUGCGGUUUGAUGGUGACCCAGUACAACCCGACAACGGGCACAACUUACCCGUUCAGCACCUACUUCAUCUUGCUCUUCCAGGUCUUCCUGAGUGCCUCGUCAGGCGUGUACAACCAGGCCCUGCUCAAGACCGACGACUCGAGCUUGCAUGCUGAUAACAUGAUCCUUUACGGUGCGGGUGCUGCCAUGAAUUUGUUGUGCCACUUGGUCAUCAAGACAUUGAAGGCCGACGAGCCAGGAUUCUUUGAAGGUUAUACCAGCUUUGGCGCCAUCAUGGUCAUUGUCAGCAAUGUCUUCAUUGGUCUUGCCAUUACCGCUGUAUACAAAUAUGCCGACGCGGUCAUCAAGUGCUUCGCCACGGCUGUUGCGACUGGUAUUCUCCUCUACGUUUCACCCAUCUUGUUCGGCACCUCGCUCAGCUUCCUCGUCCUACCGGGUACCGUUGUUGUCUUUGUUGCAUCGUGGCUCUACAUGGACAACCCGCCUCCCAAGGACCCCAACCCUGCUCCGACCAAUGAGCCUCAGAAGAUGUCGUUGUUCAGCAAGAUGGCAGCUGUUGCAAGGAAGUUCAACAAGAUCUUCCUCGCCGUGGCCACAUUCAUCACCGUUGUAAUUGUGGCGUUCCUCACCAUGUCUGAGGCCAAGAUGCCAGACUUCGCCAAGGAUGGAGCAUCCGCCCCGUCUGCGCCUUCUGGCCCGAAGCCUGUUACUGGCGGCGAGAGCAAGAUCGAGUCGCCCUUUAAGAACACAAUGGCCAUGAUUCGAUGGAACUCUGCUCGUCCGGAGCGCGUUCCGAUGCUGCAGAAAUACGAACCGUUCUUCCACACGGUGCAUAUUUCCAUGCCCAACAUGUUCAAGGAGGAGGAUCCCGAGUUCCACAACCUUACCCACGAUCAAUUCCCGGGAACCUUUACCGUUUACAAGCAAGUGUCCCGUACCAUGAAGCUCAUCCUCGACACCCAACCCGAGAUCGACGGUUUGAUGUACUACCACUUCGAUGCCUGGAUUGACCCUCUUGGCUGGACGGGUAUGAACCCAUACAACAUCCACUUCCCCGCCAUCAUCGACACCGCCCCGCCGUCCCACGGUGGACCCGAGUACAUGUGCCUUACUGAUACCAAGAACUACAACUGGUGGGGAUGGGGACAGGACUUCCACCGCACCGCCAUGGCCGCGGCCGCGGUUGUUGACAACUUUGACCUCGAGUACAAGAUCAGACGUGACGAGUGGUGCGUUGGCUGGAGUGACAUCUACUACAUUCCGAGACGAUUCUUCGCCGAUUACAUCUUUCUUUCCGAAAUCUUUGCUGGCUUUGGAGUCUUCCACGAAGUGGCAAUUCCCACCAUUGUCCGCAUCAUCGACCAGAGUCGCCGACGCAACCCGUACCGGUCCAUCAUUGACCACAUCAGUGACUGCUGGGGCCACUGCUGUAGCUCCAACCCCAAGAUCCGCGACGUUCUUGGUGCCCGCUGCGGCCACCGCCUCAACUACUUGGAGGAGGCACCCACUAAGGCCUUCUACGACAAGCUUGAUGCUCAGGCGUCAAUUCUCGGCCACCCUCUCAACUCGACCAGAUACGCCAUGUCCAGUGCCGAUGCCGCUCACCUAUUCGACAGCGCAGCCCUGGCGAGCGUCAACAAUGGGGAGGCCAAGAAGGUCAAGCCGAUCAACGAUGACGCUUUGGAGGAUGAUCAGCGGGCGGAUAAGCUGGCAGCAGACAAGUCCAGCGAAGAGAAGGACAGGCUCAAGUCCGAGCACGCUCCUGUUGACAAGACUGAGAGCCCCGGCAAUCCCAAGGCCGACCCUAGCAAGAUUGCUACGCCCAAGGAGAACAAGGAGGUGCCAAAGAAGGAGGAACACAAGGAGGAGCACAAAGACGAGAAGAAGGAGGGUGACAAAAAGGUCGAUCCUAACGACGCUCUCAGGGAAGCAGAUCGGGAGGCGGACGUCAAGCGGAGGCUACGACGUGACGUUGUGGCCGCUGUUGCCGGACUCGGUUAUUAACCUCAUAUACCCCUAAAUUUCUUUCCUUUCCUGUAUUCUUUCUUGUUACCCCCUUUGACCAU